GCAAGCCUCUUGCCUACAAGUGCACCAGAAGAAGAGAGCGAACCGAAAGGUACGUCUGUGCAGGCCGAAGACGCGGCAGCGAACACGAGCGCUUCUGUCGGAGAUGAAGGAAGCAAUCGAAGUACAGAGAGAACUACAACCGAGCCGUCGACGACCAAGAGUGUGACGCCCGUGGCCGCGAAUUACAUCAGCAGGAGUUCUGCAGAUUUUUGCCGUUGUGCGCAGCAAGGCGACGAGAAUCCGCCGGCCUCCGCAAAGGAGAAGUUUUCCAAGCUGCUGGCAGAGAUGCGGCAAAAUCUGCGUCUUUUUGUAUAUCCCUUGACCACCAAAUGUGGGAAAAGCCAGUCAGGCAAUCGUGGAUACUGGGUGGAAGGAAUUUUCCAUUCGCGAGCCCUCGCUUCACCCUUGCGAGUCGAAGAUCCCGAUGCCGCGACGAUCUUCUAUAUCCCAACCUUCACGUCGUGCUGGCGAUCUCAGGUGCCUGGCCGACGGGAGGGCGGAGAGCGGGCCGCCAGAGAGCUGCAGAGGACCCUUCGCAAGGUUGCAUCCCAGUGGCCCCACUUUCACAGGUAUAUGGGGCGGAGGCAUCUUUGGGUUUCUGCACACGACAUGGGCAAGGUUGAGCCCAGCUGGUGCCCUGAGCUAGCUUCGAACACAUCGGAUCGCUGCCGUGAUCACUGGGCGAAUGCCCUUGCGAUCAACAGCAGUGUGUUGGCGAACACCGCCGACACGCGUGAUCGCCUAAAGUUUGGUGUGUACGCUUUCAACAGCAAGCUGGACGUAUCGUUAGUUUGCAACGGCGACACCGCGAUGGCUCAAAUGGGUCGUCAGGUGGUCAAGCGCUCAGAGAACCGGCGCUACUCGGUGUUCUUUGCUGGCAAGUGGGACAAGAACUACAUCAAGGGGCUGCGCUAUGCGGCCAUCAGGAGUAUUCAGAAGCUGAACUUGAAGAAGCCGGUUCGUAUCGAGAAGAAGAUGAGCGACAAGGACUACCGCCAGAGUCUCCAGAGCAGCGAGCUCUGCCUGGCGCCAAGGGGGAGCCGCGUUUGGUCACCGCGACUCUUCGAGAU